AUGGCCCACAGUGAGGGCUCGUUCGCCCCGGGUUACUCCCUCGCCUCCCUGAAGGACGGUGCGGACAGGGCCUGCGUCACAGACGACACAAACGUCGUUUGUACGAGGCCUGAGGAUUCUUCAAUAGGAGCAUCAGCCAUCAUUCCACCUAUACGCAGAAGAGCAGAGCCAGGACCGGGAGCCCUGUCUGAGGAGGACCAGCUCUCCCCGGGGCAGCUGGUGACACGUGAUUAUCGCCUGUGGCUCAGGCUGCCCCCUGCCUGCUGGGAGCCCCAACAGGGGCUGGUGAUGUGCACACGGGCUCCAGGUCCUCAUAAGGAACUGAAUGCUAAUGACAGACACCCAGGAGGCAGCAGAUGUCCCUAG